CUCGGUUUUUCUCUGUACCACAAGGGAAGCCAUCGCGAUGAGGCGGUUGGCGAAGAAGAAUUCCGCCUCGUCGAGACGAGGAGGAAUUCCUUGCCCUGAUCGCAAUCGUUUCCGUCUGAAUUGUGGCCAUGCCCCGUCCCUUCGACGGACGUGGAAGAAUGCGGGAGAGAGGCAUCUUCGAAACCGAUGCGACAGACAGGACUGGGACCGCAAGCGAGAGCGACCUUGGCAGUGCCGGGGCCACUUGUCAUGCUGA